AUGGGCCGCCCCUCGCGACUCAAACCACGCUUUCCGCGGAUCAAGCCUUCGGACUACCUCGACCAUCCCGAUUGCCCGAAUCAAUACGCCACGAUGCCGCUGUGCCUUGUCACUUUCGGAGGUACGAUCGUCGAUAAAGGAGGACGUAAGAGGCCGAGGAAGGCCAAGACAGAUAUGGAUGCCACUCCCACCACAUCUGCAACGUCAAACGUCGAAACGAGCACGAACCAACGCGUCCCUGUCGCCUCGACCUCAGUCUUCGCCAAUGACCUGAACUUCUCCCACGAUGAUUUCAACGAGGAUUAUCUCAGGGACUUCCCUCUUGCUCAGCAGGCCGAGCACGAAGACCUAGGGGGAAUGGAUCUUUCCAUGGAGCGCUGGGACCCACCCGACCCCGACUUACAACGCCCAACGCCCAACUCACCAGGAACUCGCACAGGAGGUUUUACCAACUCCCCGCGUCUCCGAUCCGCCGGUUGCCGCUAAGCAAGAAGGUUACUUCAAGUUUAUCACACUCGAGCACGAGCAGCGCGAGAGUCAGCGCGCUGCCUUUUUGGGUCUCUAUCUUGAUUUACACAUAAGCACCAAUGGGCAGUUUCUGCCGCUCGUUUCGAACAGCGACAAGGACGACUUGAACGUUCCUUCACCGUGCCACUGUCAGCACGUGUAUGCUCGCGAGGUGGUCCUGUACGACGGACUGACCGGUAUGUGUCAUGCCAGCUCCGUUCACCGAUUUGCGCGAUGCAUCUUUUCUCGCCGUUGUCCUGGUAUCACUGACACGUGAAACCCCCUCUGCGCCUUGCCUUUCAGUCUAUUCCAAGCAAGUCACGUUCUGCGCUUCCAAUCCGCCCUGUAUUGCGGAAGCUGUACGCCUGGCUCAACUUGGGUUUAUAGCAUCGACCGCUGUCAACCCAGGAUCAGCGUUCUCCUUCCGCAUGAUCCGCCUAGAAAACUCGCGUUGGCGUAACGCCCCUUACGCCUCACUGGCCACGCUGCAGGCUUCGAAGACUAUUUCGGGGACAACGGGUGGUCGAAACCAGAGCAUUAUCAUGGACACCCAUAUGUGAGCAUUUGUUAUCGGUUUUUUGCCAUGGGUUCUACCUGGACUCAUUUGCUGCCUGAUUGUGGAGCUCAGGAUAAAGAGCUGAGGAAGCAAUGGCAGCGGGCGAUCGACGAGUUUCGCGCCAUCGAAGCAUCUGAGCGCGACGUUGGCGACUUUCUCUUGGGCACCGUCGACGCGCUGGCCAACACAUGCCCAGCGUGCUUCGGGCCGAAACGGCUCAACCGACCCCAUCACACCCUCCAACUGGAUUAUAUGAUCGCGCUCGACGGCAACUUCCAGCAAACCCGAGAAAAUAAUGCGACAUACGACGUCCAAGGAAUAGUGCCGAGCUUGUUUCUGUCUGAUAAAGCCGUCCUGGACAUGAAAGCACUCGUCGAGAAUACAGCGCGGCCAACGAAGAAGGUGAGGAGCGUGAUAUAUUUGCGAUCCGCCUCGAAUACUGAGUAAUAUCGCUCCGGCCCCGUCGGAAGGCGUGCACAGAGUCGUGGAAGGCUGCUGACGGGGGCGCUGGUCGAGUCUCGUCGCGCAAGAUCGAUACAGGACUUGUCGCCGGCGUGUGCCGCCAUGAUAUCGCCCUAAAAAUGGUGAAUCUUGAGAAGACCGGCGAAAAGUGAGUGUAUUGAGCUUAUGUUCUUCAACUCCAACUUGCAUUUUUACUUUCACUGCUGAUGCUCAUGCCUGCACUCCAAUCACCUAGGCUGUACUUCGCUUUAGCCAUUGUCAAGCACAUCUCGGACCAUCUUCCCCCAGAUGCUAGGAUUGGAAUUUUGUACGACAUCGCUUGUAAUUUCAAGCACCACAUUGAGAAGGUUUGCAUUGACCACCUCGGGUCGGGCCCCUUUCCGAUAUGUCGUUGCUGAUCAUAUGGGCUUUGUGUUUCAACCUUUUCAGAGGCAUCUGCUGCCUGAGCUGUUUGAGCGACUCGAGUUCGCCACAAGUGUCUUCCAUGCAUACGCCCAUACCUGGGGUUGCCAGGUUGACUACAACCCCCGUCUCAUCCCGAACUUUGGAUUCACUGAUGGAGAAGGUUGUGAGCGACUAUGGAGCGCGCUGCGCUCCCUCAUCCCCAUCAAUCGUCCAUCAAAUAAGUCCCACCGCCUCGUCAAUUUGGCGGUCCGCACGCAGGCAGUGAACGACGCGAACGUCUCAAGGCUUGGUCAGUGCUCCGCAGUCGCCGCUUCGUCUUUCGCCGCAUUGACUCUUUGCACACGACUAGGGUCUUGGUUCACCCGCCGACUUCGCUCAGCCAAGGCUCGGAGCACUGCUGCUCGAAAGGAACUUGACGCCGUUAUCGCCCACGAUGCCACCUGGGAGGAGGAGGCGCUCCGCGUCGCUUGGCAAGACCAGCGACGAGCGCAAGCGUCGAAAACAGCUCCGCAGGAAGCUGAGGAAGAUCGUUUGAGGGAAAGCGAGCUUUAUAAACUUGCUGAGGAACUUUACAGGAUUGACUGCAUCAUGUACGUGCUUGGUGAUAACUACUUGAGCUUGAGCUUGUCCUUCGUUCUCACUGACUCAUCAUCUUGCUGAGCAGUGACGAGUCUGAACCAGAAGCGCUUGUGGGGCUGAAUUCGAAGCACGAUCGUCUUGCAAGGGAGAUCGAUCAAGCAGCAAUUGUCCAACUGCAAAGAAGUGGGACAAGCAUCUCGUCCACAGGUUGGCCUUAAUUAUCUUACUUAGUUUUCCCUGUUCCUGAUUGCGAUGACGUGCCUAUUUGCUUCACAGAGCUUCGUCACUUGUGCCAGUGUUCCGUUGCGCUGCGCAAGCUUCAUCGAGAAGUGAUUGCCUACAAAACUAGCCGUGAAAAUUUGCUAUCGACGCGUCGCGGCAGGGGCGGGUCAACACUUGGUCAGAGAGAGGCCAACAAAGCUCGCAAAACGGAAGUCAAGACUCACUCUGGCGCUGAAAAGGCACGUAAGGCAUACAACAAGGCUGUCAACGCGUUUCGAACGGCAGGCGGAUCCUCACCAUCGCACCUCCUCAACAAUCUUCCAUCAGUUGGUAGCCUAGCAUCGAUUCUUGAUCUUGAAGACACUGAUUUCUUCUGGCAAGACGGGUUUUUCACGCAUGUUGAAGCUGCUUGGGCCACCGAUCCGUGGGUUAAACGGGGCAUCGUUGCUGUGCGUGACCUGGAUCGAGCUGCGGAGGAGUUCGCUCGGAUUGGCGCCGAGGUGCGACAAACCCUUGCUUGGCUCGAAGACGAGCACGACCUCAUUUCUAGUCGCCAAGCACUUUGGCUAAGCGCGACAGGUCAGUUGUCAGUCGAACGUUACUCCACUAGUCUAGAUGCUGAUACGUUCUUGAUAACACAAAUAGAUUCCGCUCCAACGAUUUAUGACCAUGAUCGUGUUGAACGCGCAUUUGGCAGUACCGUCUACGCAACGAUCCGGGACCGUGCCCUCGUCAUUCUGGAAGCUCGGAUGAGGGCUCUUCAAAAGCGCGAACGAGACUGGUUCCGCGAUAGCACUUUCUUACUGCUGUGGUACACGACCAGAGGACCAGCGGAUACGCACGAACCAGUCCCUCGAGCUCUGAAGCGUCUCACCCCGCAUCUGCUGUUGAACCCGGGCAACGUCUCCAAGACGACAACAGCUACUGGAGCUGGCGCGCGUAGUGUUGCGCCUCGGGAGGACGCCUCGGGCGCCUAUGCAGCGCCGUCCGAGUCGUUCCGGACCACCGAUGACGAUCGUCUGCUCGCGCGGCGCAUCACGGAGCAGCUGGAUGCUGACAUGAAUGUAGAAGGCGCAAAGGCUUUGCAUGAGAUGCUGGAGCAGCAAGAGGGCAUGCUAUACGAUUCGGACAGCUCUGAUGAUCUGGUUCCCGACGAGGAGCGUUCUUUGUCGGACUCUGACUCGGAAGAAUGA